AUCUGUAUGCUAUAGAUGUGGCUGCGUUGUGGAAGAUUAGGAUAGUAGCACCGGUUCUAUCCAAAACUCUGCCUCUCUGCUCAACCCACUGAACCAAACCUCCGCAAUGGCGUCGUCUAUUUCCACCACCCAACACCUCCUUCCAUCUUUCUCCUCACCCAACACCACUAAUUACGACUCUACCAGGUCGCAGCUGCUCUCCUCUUCUCUCUGGGGCUCACCCAUCAGCAUAAGCAGCUUCUCUUCCACCCCCAAAAUCUCUCCCCAGUUCCAAACCCGGAGGCGGCUCAGCGUCACCGCAAUGGCCCCACCCAAGGCCAAACCCGGCGGCAAAGCCAAGAAAGUGGUCGGAAUGAUAAAGCUGGCGCUUGAGGCCGGGAAGGCCACUCCGGCGCCGCCAGUGGGUCCCGCGCUGGGUUCUAAAGGUGUGAAUAUCAUGGCUUUCUGUAAGGAUUACAAUGCCAGGACGGCGGACAAGGCCGGUUACGUCAUUCCCGUCGAAAUUACCGUCUACGAUGAUAAGAGUUUUACUUUCAUUUUGAAGACUCCACCUGCUUCGAUUUUGCUUCUUAAGGCUGCUGGAGCUGAGAAAGGUUCAAAAGACCCACAAUUGGAGAAAGUAGGGACUGUGACCAUUGACCAGCUGCGUACAAUUGCACAAGAGAAGCUACCAGACUUGAAUUGCACAACUAUAGAGUCGGCAAUGAGAAUUAUAGCUGGCACUGCAGCUAAUAUGGGGAUCGAUAUUGACCCUCCUGUUCUCGAAAAGAAAAAGAAGGAAGUUCUUCUGUAGUCCUGUAAACAGUUUCUUUCCUUGUUUAGGCUUUGUUCUUAUAGAGGAUUGAUGUAAGUCAGAAUGUAGUACUAUCACCACCGCCAUUUUUUGUUGCUGGGUAUAAAUUCUUCACUCAUAUUGCACUGGAUUAUGUUUUA